GUCAGAAGCUAUAUCCAGCUGCUGGCAGAGUUUCUGUGAAGGGAUCAGGACUUCCAACAGAAUGGUAAUGGUUUAACACAGCAGAAUUUGUUGAACAACUGCGGUACACUGGGGACCGUGGCAUGGAAUGCAACUUGCGAAAAUUGGCUGGCAGCAGAGGCUGCCCUGGAAACGUACUACCUUUCCAUUUUUUAUGGGAUGGAGUUCAUUGUGGGAAUCCUUGGAAAUACCAUAGUUGUUUAUGGCUACAUAUUCUGUCUGAAAAACUGGAACAGCACUAAUAUCUAUCUCUUUAACCUCUCUAUCUCGGACUUAGCUUUUCUGUGCACCCUCCCCAUGCUGAUGAGGAGUUACGCCAAGAAAAUAUGGAUAUAUGGAGACGUGCUCUGCGUAAGCAACCGAUAUGUGCUUCAUGCCAACCUCUAUACCAGCAUUCUCUUUCUUACUUUUAUCAGCAUAGAUCGAUACUUGCUAAUUAAGUAUCCUUUCCGAGAACACCUUCUGCAAAAGAAAGAGUUUGCUAUUUUAAUCUCUUUGGCCAUUUGGGUUUUAGUAACCUUAGAACUACUGCCAAUACUUCCCCUUAUAAAUCCUGUUAUAACUGACAAUGGCACCACCUGUAAUGAUUUUGCAAGUUCUGGAGACCCCAAGUACAACCUCAUUUACAGCAUGUGUCUAACACUGACGGGGUUCCUUAUUCCUCUUUUUGUGAUGUGUUUCUUCUAUUACAAGAUUGCUCUCUUCCUAAAGCAGAGGAAUAGGAAGGUUGCUACUGCUCUGGCCCUUGAAAAGCCUCUCAACUUGGUCAUCAUGGCAGUGGUAAUCUUCUCUGUGCUUUUUACACCCUACCAUGUUAUGCGGAAUGUAAGGAUCGCUUCUCGCCUGGGGAGCUGGAAGCAGUAUCAGUGCACUCAGGUCGUCAUCAACUCCUUAUACAUUUUGACACGACCUUUGGCCUUCCUGAACAGUGUCAUCAACCCAGUCUUCUAUUUUCUUUUGGGAGAUCACUUCAGGGACAAGCUGAUAAAUCAACUGAGACACAACUUCAAAUCCCUUACAUCCUUUCGAGGAUGAGCUCAUGAACUUUCAUUCAAAGAAAAGCAAGGUGCUUAUGAAACAGAUUAUUUCACAAAUGCAUCUGUAGGUUUGCUUUAACUCGCAGACAUCAAUCAGAGAGUGUCACAGAUUUAACCUUUAUCUAAAGACAAGUUGUACCCAGAGUAUGUGAAAAGAAUGGGAUGACAAGAAUGUACUGGUUUCUUCCUCUAAGAAUUGAAAGGAGUUGGACUGCCUUAGGUUUGGGCAUGCAACUCAAAAAUACUAGAUGUUAUAAGACUUUCUCAGUCAGUGCAAAAAUGCAAGAUAUAUAAAGCAACAAGUUGUCUGCACUUGAUCACUGGUCAGAUU